AUGGGAGAGAGGAACAACAGAUCUCAACCGAUCAGAUCUCAGAUCCAGCAGGAACCAAGGGAGAACGAUCAAAGAAAUUAUGAUGAACAAAGUGUUCACACUACGGAUAUAGAUACCGCAGAAGAAAAUGAAGAAAGGACGCAUGAAGAAGAAGCAGUAGGAGAAACUGAAGACAACAUGACCAUUGGAGAACUAAGGCAGCGAUUGGCAGACGAAAGAAGAAGAGAAGAGGAACUACGUGCGAACUUGACGCGACAGAAUGAUGAGCUAAGGGAGGAAAAUCAGCGAUUACAAGAACAAAGGUCACAGUCACGAUCCAGAAAAACACGUGCGAGCUCAAAAUCGAGAACAAGCAGGAGCACCACUAGGAGGAGUAGAUCGGAGCAUGGAGAUAAUACACAAGUGCAAUUUGUGGAUAACGAUUCAGAUGACACUUUUCAGGUGAAUGAAAACUCGCAGGAGGAGCGCGAACGCAGUCGCAUAGAAGAUCGGUAUGUAAAAGUGGGUGAGGAUGAACCCAGGCAAGGGCAUCGUAGAGAAGGUAGAUUGGAGCAAAAUAGAGGAUACAACCACAUGCAUUAUGAAGAACAACGGGAGAAUAAUGCAGAACAGUCAAGGAUGAUACUUCAUGGAAGAGAAUGCUGA